AUGACAAUUUCUUCAGAUGUGCGAUUGAAGCUGCAGCGGCAGGUGGAGUUUUACUUUAGCGACGUCAACGUGCAGAAGGAUGUGUUUUUAAAAGCCAAAAUGGCUGAAAACGCGGAAGGUUUUGUUCCUUUGGGAACGCUCUUGACAUUUAACCGUGUGAAUUCCGCCACGAAGGAAGUUGCUGAGCUUGCGGCGGCAAUUCGGCCAAGCGAGAAGCUGGUGCUGAGCGAAGAUGGCCUUAUGGUGCGUCGCAGAGAUCCCUUGCCGGAGUCCAUCCAGACCGACGAGCAAACCGUGUAUGUAAAGCCGCUGCCCCCAGGCGCGACUCUGGAAGAGCUCACAGAGUUCUUCAGUCAAUAUGGCACCGUUCAGGCCGUUUGGCGCCGCUACUUCCCGGGCAAGAAGGAUGCAGAGCCUGAGGCUCGCACGAAGCCGUCUGUUUUUGUGGUCUUUGGCACAAAAGAAGAGGCAGAGGCAUUGAAGGCGUCCCCACCCAUGCAUAAUGGAGUGCAGCUCACGGUGGAGAUGAAGAAGGAGUACCUUGAGAAGAAGGCAGAGGAAAUAGCCGCCAAAAACAAGGGCCGCAAUCGUCAGCCUCAGACCCCGCAAGACCAGCCGGUCGCAAAAGAGGCCCGGAAAACGCCUUCCAUGCCGUUGAAGAGUAGUUACCGUGUCACGGGGUGUGGUGUAAUGGAGGGCUAUUCCGGCGUCAAGGAGCUCUGGCCUGCGGAGGAGCGGGCUGGAAUCCGCUACGUGUUCAUGCCGGACGAGGAAACGGCCCUCCUCAUCUUCCAGGACCCCGCAACGGGGGAGAAGAUGGUGGCGGACCUCAAGCAGCGUGGGACAACCCUCAACGGCAAGCAGCCGGAGGUGCAGAAACUGGAGGACGCGGACGAAAAGAAGCUUUUGCUGAACGUUGAAAAGGAAAUUGCCGAUCGAGCAAAAAAACACCAGAAAGGACGAACUGGCGGCCGCCAGGGGCAUAAACGCCCUCGCGAGUAA